AUGAACCAAUCCACGGCUCAAAUUAUUAACGCUCAACUUCGAAGCAAUAACGUCCAGUUGCAAAGGCUUCAGAACAUUGGUGGUUCACGAAAUAGUAAUGGUCGCCAGCCUCUAAGGCCUCAGAGCCUAUUCAACAAUACUUCCAUUGCCGUUCAAUAUUACACAGCUUUAAUUGAAGGCACAGAAUUCACUGAAACGCAAGGCACAGAAAAUCCUCCACAACAGAGCACCCAAUCUUUAAC